UUUAAAUAUCCAAUCUCUAUCAAUCACCACCAUUCAUUGAAAUCAUGAUUGCCUUGCGAUGGCCUCCCGCCGUUUGCUCUUCUUCUUCCUCCGCCAAUGCGUACACACCAGCCUCAACACCUUCUAUUGUUGCAUUUGUUGAUCGCAGUCGCAAGAAUUGCAAGAAAUUAUGCAGAUUUAGCAAAAAGGCGAAAGCUGUGUUGCAGCCUGCAGCAGCCCAGCAAGAAGAAGAAGAAGAAUUCCAAGUGCUGACGGCCGUCCAGAGCAGUUACAACAAUAUUGUAAUCGUCGACACUCCGAAAUCAAGGCUUCUGCUUCUCGACUCCACUCAUAACGUGCAUAGCAUGCUUAACAAAGAAAGUAAAUGGACUGGUUCCUAUUGGGAUGAGUUUGGUGCAUUGCCGGCUGUGGUUCCUGCGGGUCCUAUUGCAAUCUUUGGCUUGGGUGGAGGAACAGCUGCGCAUUUGAUGCUUGAUUUGUGGCCCUCGUUGCAGCUUGAAGGAUGGGAGAUUGAUCAAAUUUUAAUACACAAGUCAAGAGACUAUUUUGGACUGUCGGAGCUGGAGAAGCACACUAUAGAGGGAGGAGUACUUAAUAUUCACAUCGGUGAUGUUUUCACUCCCGAAGCUGCUAUUUCUGGAGGAUAUGCAGGUAUCAUAGUCGAUCUGUUUGCUGAGGGGAAGGUUUUGCCACAGUUGGAACAGGCUGCUACUUGGUUACAACUCUGUGACAAAUUGAUGCCUGGCGGGCGCUUCAUGGUGAACUGUGGUGGUGCAUUGCCUGCUGAAGAUGAUGAUGCUUCUUGGAAACUAAAUGCAACAAUUAGGGCCCUAUGUGAAGCUUUUCCUGGACAAGUAGAGUUGCUUUUUAUCUUCCACUUGUAUUUUUUUGAGGUGAAUUGGAAGAAGAUGGCAAAGAGUGCUGGAGAAAACUAUCUGGCUUUGACAGGAUCUUUGCCAGAUUUGAGUGCCUGGGGUGCUGCUCUCCCUACCCAACUCAGUUCAAGCAUCAAUCAGUGGGGGACUUGUAAUUGAAGUCAUGGGUAUGAAUAUGAUCAUACUCUAUUUGUGCUGUUCAAUUAUUAUCACACCUUAUAUUCCAUCAGAAGAAGAAACAUAAUGUACAAGAGUGAAGAAGAAUAAGAGGAGGUAGAGGAUAAUGAUGAGUUGAGUUUGAAAGAAAAA